UCCAGCUUCUUCACUGGAGAGUCUCGGAUCCUUUGGAACUAACAUGCGACACGUCUGUCAACGGAAGGUUUCAUGAGUUCGCUCCUUUGCCAAGAUCUUGGCGAACAGUCUCUCGCCGUGUGAUUGUAGCUCAGAAAAUUAUUUUUCUUUUGGUGAUGAUCGUGCUGGGCUGGAUCCUUUUUGUUGGGCUUGCGUCCUACAUGGGAACAUUUCCAGAGGCCAUGCCUCCAAUGCUAAAGUGGAAAGAGAGGUUGCCUGUUCGGGAGAGCAAGGCACGACGAAGGACCCAAGCUUUGGAGGAGGAGCUGCUGCUGUGAGAGUG